UCUCCAGCGUUGGAGGUUCGCUCAAUUUUCCUCCGGCUAUACUUAGUUGUCGACAACGCCAUUAUUAUGCUCAUGCUGUGGAGAAAUUCACUGGACGGGAGAUGGAAUAGAACCAUCUUGGAAUCAGCCCAGAAAGAAUUAAAAGACAAUGAUGACCAAAGCCUAAUUUAUUUUUUCCAGAUCUGUCUUGAGCCUUCAUCACGUCGAGCUUCUGCUCAAGCCUUUCCUGCUGCCUAUGAAGGUGUAAAGGAUCUAGAUUCUUUAAUGUUCCAAUUCUCCCGGCAAUUUUCUAUCCCCCAAGAAAUGCUCUAUAUUCUUCGCAAUUUGAUUGAUUUGACAAUUCAAAAGGGAGCGGAUAACACAAGACUUGAAUCGGAAAAUAAAGUGAAGGAAUAUUUAACCUAG